CACUGCCUGCCGGCUAAUAAAUAGGGGGCUUGGCUGUGUCCCUUGCCCUCACACGCACAGCCUGCCUCUCUGUCUGUGCACAGCACUCCAGUGAGCUCAGCUCCACAGGAUCACAGAGGUGAGGGGAAGAAGAAUCAGAAGCAUGCAGGCAGCGCUGCUCAGCAUCCUGGGGCUGGCCCUGAUCGGUUCGCUGUGUGCGCAGGAGGAUGUGCCUGUGCAGCCUGACUUCCAGCCGGAGAAGUUUACAGGGACAUGGUACACCAUUGGUCUGGCCUCCAAUGCCAAGUGGUUCCAGGACAAGAAGGCUUUGAUGAAGAUGUGCACCACUGUCAUUGAGUCCACCCCAGAAGGCAACCUGGAUGUCACCAGCACCUACCCCAAGUCUGAUAGGUGCGAGAAGAGGAACAGCCUUUACAUCAAGACAGACCAGCCUGGCCAAUUCAGCUACACCAGCCAGCGCUGGGGCAGCCAGCACAACAUCCGGGUGGUGGAGACCAACUACGAUGAGUAUGCUCUGGUGUACACCAAGAAAGUCAAGGACACCAACACCUUCACCAUGGUGCUGCUUUACGGCAGAACUAAGGAGCUGAGUCCCGAACGGCUGGAGAAGUUCACCCAGUUCUCCAAGGGGCAGGGGCUGCCAGAGGACGCCAUUCUCAUCCUGCCAAAAUCUGAUCAAUGCAUGGAAGUUGCUGUUUAGGCAGAAGCAGCAAGACACUUGGUCCAGGUUUUCUUGCAAGAGAGAAAAUGACUUGCUAACCCACCAGCCUUCCUUCCCACCCCAACACAGCUCUGUGCACCUGUAGCCGUGUGAGCCACCUGGCUUGGCACUUCGUAACAUCCCCCUGCCUCCUGAUUAAACCUAAAUGUAAAACACCA